CUAUGGCUUGAUGGGCCACUUAGCUGGUAUGUAGACUUUACCUUUACCUACCAAUUAAAGCAAAUUGUAUUGAUCAAGCAAAGCUCGAUAUCAAUGGAGCUUUGCUCACGUUCGAGAGAUUCCUUUGAAAGGGAAUUUGACAAAUUGAUUUCGAGGCAUCACUAAAGGUUCGAUCAGGUCUUACAUACCUUUGUGUUAUCAAAUAAACCAUGAUUCUACACUUCACUGACUCGGUCGCCCGAUAUUAAAAUCGCUUCUAAAAUUAACACAAAAUCCGUAUCAGAUAAGUCCAUAGUUCAGUCAUAGUCUGCAUUGAGCAGUUCAAGUUCUCUUUUACGGCAGUGACUACGAAAUUUCGAUGAGCAUGCACCAUGCGCUUUCGAAAUGUUCGUGGCUAAUCUUUAUUCAAUCCUUGCAAUUUUCCUGUCAUUUUUCAACAUGAAGCGUUCUUCUCGUCGUCUAUAUAGGGUCACAAUUUACAGAUAUAAUUAUCAUUUCGUGGAAAAAAUACUGACUACGAAUGAGAAAAAUAAACGUACGCUGACAGAAAGUACUGUUUGUAACAAAAACGCUUCUGUGUUCAGUUUCUUUUUUGUUAAGACGUUCAUUUUUUCGUUCUCGCUAUAAAACAGUAUCGGAGUCUGGAAGACGCUAAAUAAUGCAGUCUUUUGUUCUUUCCAUGAUUAUGGAAACCAAACCCUGACAAUUCGAAUAAAAGAAAACUUCGAAGGGGUCAGAUCGAAGCUUAAUUGUUUAUGAUAUAUUCAGUAGGAUCGCUAAUAAAUCGAAAUCGCGGUUCGAGAGUUAAACCGCCUGACGGAAGAAAACGGAAGUUGCAGAUAAUUCAACUAACAAAUCAAGAAUUGGUUCAAACCGUAAAUCCUGCUUAUCCAAUUGGUUUGUUUCCUUUAGUUCGACACCUGCAAGACUCAAUAAAAACAUGUGUCUUUAAAUUCCUCUUCAAACAGUUCGUUUUUUAAACGAUUGUGAAGGAUGGCUUUGUCAAAUUUUCUACGACAAGUUUUUCUUUUCGGUGCUCUGUUUGUUGUCACCAAAGGAUGCGGCUCCUCCGAAUCUCUCAAGGUUGAAAAUCGCUCGACAAGCUUGGUGAAGGGCUGUUAUUGUCAUAACGAAAGUCUUUCUUUGUGCUUCGAGAUUCAACCAGGAUUUCUGCAACUGACAGACAAGAACAACAACGUCCUGGCGCGGUAUAAAAAACUGACGCUUCAAAGAUUUCAUGCUCAAGUGCUGGGCAAUAAUUUCUUGUGGCCUCACCCUGAUGCAGAACCGUUGUUCCUUAGCCCAGUCGGCGAGGAGACAAAUACUUGGGUUGACGAGCCAAUUCUUAAAGCUGGCACUGGCUUGACGGGUGAGAACGAGCAAAGUUCCCCUUCUUCUUAUCAGUGGGCUAUGGAGAAACUUCGAAGCAAACACGAAGUGCGUCUUUUAGAUCGCGUGUCGCACGCAUUGCACGAGGAAGUGGGAGACCACCCUAUAACUAAAGCCUUCUAUGUAAUGUCCAUGAGCCUUCUGCGGGAAGAUAGUGAAAAUACGCCUGCUCAAGACACAGAAACCGCUGACCAUGAUUAUCACAGAUAUCUAAGACUCUUUGGCAGGAAGAGAAAUAGUUGUCAAGACAUGAGGAGAGAUCCCAAUAGAGACAGGUGCUUGGGGAUGUGCGGGCCAAUGUGUUGGUGCUGGAGUGUAGUUUGUGAUGACUGCUGUUUCCACCAAGGUUGUUACGAGCACGAUCGAUGCUGUGGCAAGAACAAACUUUCUGGUUAUUGCUUGUUUCCUUUCUUUUAUGACUUUAGUUGUGAUAGUUAUGGAGGAUACCCUGAUUGCAUCUAUAAUUUUUAAUAAUAUUAAUAACAGCAACAAUAAUGAUAACAUUAAUAUUAAUA